AUGUCGUCGUCUAUGGCGCAGAGACUGAAGGGCAAGACGGUGGUCAUAACGGGCGCGAGUUCAGGCAUUGGAAAGAGCGUAGCGCUGGAGUUCGCGAGGACGCAGCCAGAUGACCUGAAGCUCAUCAUUACCGCGCGGAGAAUCGACACAUUGAAGGAGGUCGCCCAAGAAAUCAAUAGCUUUGCGAAGGGCGUAAAGGUGCACCCUGUGAAGCUGGACGUGAGCAAGCCGGAGGAAAUACAGAGCUUCGUGGGACAGCUGCCCGACGAGUUCAAGGAGGUUGAUGUGCUUGUUAACAAUGCUGGUCUCGUCAAAGGCGUCGCACAAGCACCUAAUAUCGCUUCGGAGGAUAUCGAUGUUAUGUUCAGUACCAACGUCACCGGCCUCAUCAACAUGACCCAAGCCAUCCUCCCCAUUUACAAGUCCCGCUCCGACGGCGGCCGCGGCGACAUCAUAAAUAUCGGCUCCAUCGCCGGCCGCGAGCCCUACCAAGGCGGUAGCAUCUACUGCGCGACCAAAGCCGCUGUGCGCUCCUUCACCGAGGCUCUCCGUAAAGAGCUUAUCGCUACGCGCAUCCGCGUCAUCGAGAUCGACCCUGGACAGGUAGAAACCGAGUUCAGCGUUGUGCGGUUCUACGGCGACAAAGACAAGGCGAAGAAGGUGUACGAGGGGGUGGAGCCGUUGACGGGUGAUGAUAUCGCAGAGGUGGUGGUUUUCGCGGCAGGCAGAAGGGAGAACGUUGUGCUAGCGGAUACGUUGGUGUAUCCGAAUCACCAGGCGGCGGCGACGGUUAUGCACCGGAAGACGGCGCAGUAG